CGUUGAAAAGUCAAUUUUUUUUGACAUUUGACAAUUGUUUACAUUUACGAUUGUGAUCAUUUUCAAAAAAAUAUCAAAUAAUUUAGUGAUUAUAUCAUAAUUAAACGUUUCUGCUGGCCUUCUGCUCAUUAGCAGUUACGCAAUGGGGGGCAAAUUUGAAUCAUUACGGAUCGAGUAUCAGGAUGUUUUACGCAAAUCUUUCAAAUCCAAAACCACCGAUUUGAUUGAAACCAAAGCAAAGCAGUUGUCUAAAUCCGCCAUCGAUCUUAAAGCCCCUCUCGACCAAGCAUUUCGCGAUAUACUGCUUGAACUCCUUGAGAACGAAGUAAACGUUUCAGUCUUACGCGAGUUGGUCGAUUUUAGCGUGCUAACAUGCCGCAAAGAACUGAGCAACCCCACAAUGCCUGUGAUGCUCCUUUCCGAUAUUUUCGACGCCUUAACUCUAGACGCCUGUCAAGAAAUGUUCCUUUAUGUUGAAAAUAAUGUAGAAGUGUGGAAAGAGAACUUGUUUUUCAGUUGUUGCAAAAACAAUUUACUCCGGUUGUGUAACGAUCUGUUGAGGAGGCUAUCGAGGUCAACAGCAACCGUUUUUUGCGGCCGAAUUUUGUUAUUUUUGGCAAAAUUUUUCCCAUUUUCUGAAAGAUCUGGAUUGAAUAUUGUGAGUGAAUUUAAUUUAGAAAACACGACAGAGUAUGGGACAGAUUCGAAUCAAGAAAAAGUGGCUGACGUUGAAGGCGACGAGAAGAAAAAUGUUAUUGAUUUCACGUUCUAUUGCAAGUUUUGGUCCCUACAGGACUUCUUUAGGAAUCCUAAUCAGUUGUACACUAAAGUACAGUGGAAACUGUUUUGUACCUACGCUACGAGUGUUUUUAAUACAUUCCAAGGCCUCAAACUUGAACAUGUGGAAAGUAACGGAAGCUACUCUGAUGAAAGUAAAAAUAAAAUGUAUUUUUCCAAAUAUUUAACAAGUCAAAAAUUGCUCGAUUUGCAACUUUAUGACGUUAAUUUCCGGCGGGCCGUCCUGUUGCAGUUUUUAAUUUUAUUUCAAUAUCUAUCAUCAUCAGUAAAAUUUAAAUCAGAAAGUUUUGAGUUAAAGUCUGACCAAAAAGAGUGGAUUCAAUCAAGUACUGAAAAAGUCUACAGUUUGUUACGAGAGACUCCUCCAGAUGGCAAAAGAUUUGCCGAAAUUGCAUCAAAUAUUCUGAGUCGUGAGGAAUAUUGGAACGCUUGGAAAAACGAUGGUUGUCCCGAAUUGAAAAAAUCUGUGGUUCCCACGGAAAGUCCUGACAAACGCAAAACCGAAGAACGCCCUCUUUUGGGUGAUAUCAUCAAAGAGGCUUCAAGCGAAGGCAAAUAUUACAUGGGAAGUACCGAAUUAACCAAACUAUGGAAUUUAUGUCCCGAUAAUUUGGAAGCUUGUAAAGGCCGAGAGCGUGAUUUUCUGCCCACACUUGAAGAUUAUUUCGCCGAUGCUAUAGCCCAAAUAGAAUCACCAACCCCCGUUAAAGAUGAAGAUAAUUUACUAAAAGAUGGAAAUUACGGAUGGAGGGCCUUGAGACUAUUGGCUAAACGGAGCCCCCACUUCUUCACUUACAGUACUGUAAUUAUGAAUCCCCUUUCUUCGUAUUUGGAAAUGAUGGUGAAGAAAAUUGCCCAUGAUAAGCCAGGACGUAUCACGGAAAAUUCACAAGAGUCCCAACAAAACGACACCGAGGAAGAAAAUUUGUUUAAAGACACGCAGGUUGAUGAAAACACUGAAGACAUUAAACCGUCAGAAACGGAGGAAUUCAUGGAUGACAAAAACACUCGAGUUGAACAUAAAAUAAACCCAAAUCAAUUGCAACUAUUCAGUGAGAAAGUCGCCCCGAAUUGGAAAAAAUUAGCCAGUAAGUUGGGUUUUAAAACUGAUGAAAUACAAUUUUUCACAAUGGAAAAUGAGAAAGAGAUUGACCAGGCCAGAAAUAUGCUUCAGUUGUGGUUUGAUGACGACGAAGAUGCCACCUUGGAUAACUUUUUGUAUAUUUUGGAAGGAUUGGAAAUGGAGGAAGCGGCGGAACUUGUCAAAAAUGAAAUUAAUUCUAUGGAUUCCUAACAGUAUAUUUAAGUUUUAAGUCGUUUCGCCUUAUCUUUUGUUUUUAAUUUUCGUUUCUUAUGCAAUUCUGUGUGAUUAACAUUGGGACAUUCUCGUUUUUUAUGCCCCGGUUGUUUGCAAUGAAAACAAUCCUUCAAUAAAUUAUUGAGAAAUUG